AUGUUUGAGAUGAAGAGAGCAAUUGACGCCUUGGUUGUUUUAGCAGGUAAGGUUUCAGAAUAUAACGCAAAAAUGAAUCCGCAAUGUUCUAAAUGUAAAGCAGCAAUGAGGAAAUAUAACUACUCCGUCAAAGAGAUAGAACGUAUGCGAAACGACUAUGCAGACUUAAAGAAAGAAGCAGAAAAACCAGCAGAAAAUAAAAUGGAUAUGUUAGCAUUUCUGAACAAAAACUAUCCAACAGCAGAAGAUUUCCUAUUAUCUGACGUCAAGAAGAAGUAUAAAGAAACUUUCGGUAUCGUUAAAACAUUCGAUGUACUGACAGAAGAAAUAGAAGCUACAAAACUGUUUAGGAUUUCAAAUAUACAUCGUACAAUUCAUGUAAAACGCUUAUAA